UGAGGCGUAAUCAUGAUCGACUAUCUGGAAAAGGGAAAACCGAUCAAUGAACAGUACUAUGCAUCACAAUUAACACAAAUGAAGGAAGCAGUCACGUUGAAAGCUGAUGGCAGAUGUGGUUUUGCUCAAGGAUAACGCACCCGUUCCCUGUAGCUGAAACAGCCAGCUGAAACAUCCCAAUUCCCAGAUUUAGCUCCAUCUGACUUUUACCUCUUUCCUAAAUUCAAAUCCCGCCUACGUGGUCGACAUUUUGGAAACAAAGAUGAGGCAAAUAUAUGCAGUGGAGGAGUUUGUGGAGGACCAAGUCGCCACCUCUUUCGUGAUGGGAUUGCAAUCUGUGAGCAUCAUUGGACCAAGCGCAUUGAUGUCAAUAGGGACUAUAUAGAAUAGGCGUGAAAAAUUGUCUUGUUUCUGCAACUCCUUCUAGACAUCAUGAACUUCGACCCCUUUGUUGACAACCCGCGCUUUUCCCACAAGGUGACCUGGACAUCCGGCUCUUGCUGCGAGCAGCUGACUCUCAUCAACGCCAUGGCAAUCGCAGGCGACGGACGCCUGAUCCUAGCCGACUACAUCAACGUCCGGGUCUUGGUCGUCCCCUUGCAGGGGUCACGCCAAAUAGAGGCGACGACCCCGCGUCUACGGAACAAGCCGCUAGCGGUGUGCUUGUUGCCAGGCGACCGGCAGGCCGCCGUCACGGGAACUCAGAAAAGUCUGUUUCUGAUUGACCUCCCGCUGGACCUUCCUGGCGGCGAGAUACGAGUGUCAAACGUGCACACCGCCCGACAAUAUUACGGGAUAGGAGUCACGAACCACUUCACCUCCGCCUUGGUUGCAUGUUGCCAUGACGACGAGGGCGGUCCGGCGAGUGUGGACGUCAUCACGAAAGAAGGCGUUCUCCUGAAAUCUAUCGUCAGUGAUAGCUUCUUGAAAGAGCCUUACCAUUUGUGUAUAACAGACAAAGAACUUUUUCUGUUGGACAUGAGCGAACGUAGAAUUUUUCGUGUGAGCCUGGGCACCGACUCGGUACAGUUAGACAGCUUGGAUGUAGCUUUGCAGAAGCCCUCCCACCUGGCUGUGGAUCCCGCUGGCAACGUCUACGUCGCCGAGAAAAACGCCAAAAGCGUGCUGGUGGAGUCACGUGACAUGCAGCAGCGUCAUCUACUAACGACAGCAAGCAGUUCUCACACUGCUGUUCUCGGGCCCCAGGCUCUAUGUGUCACCGGCAGCAAUCUAGUGGUGUCCUGGUACGGGCUGGUGAGUCCCGAGCCCAGAAACGAACAGGCAUGUGUCGUCAUGGUCUAUGAUUUCAACCCAAAUUAAAAAUUUGACAUCGUGCUGA